UAUCCAUCAAUUGAGUUAUUUACAUUUCAAGAUCUGAUUAUAUCUAUGAAUGGGAAUUUGAAGAAUUCAAUUUAUUUCUUUGGAGAUCUGAUAACAUUAAAAUUUAAAAUUAAAGAAAAAUAAGAUCUUGCAGCAAUCGACUGAAUGCCCGUAUUUUUUUGCUCAAUCUUGCGUUCCCUCUUUGACAUGACAUUCAUUGCAUCGUUUUCAGUUUAUUCGAUUAAUUAGGAUCACCAGAAGAUCAUUUCCAUACGUACGUUCAAUACAAAAAGUUUUUGGCCUUGUUUCUCUUUCUUCAAUCUAAAAAUAAUUUUUCCACAAAACUACGUAUGCAUCUCUUUUAUGUAUUACUGUUAUUCUUUUCUUUUACUGGGUGAUAUCUAUUCAUGAACAUCUUUUCGUUCGUCAAGGCUUCUUAAUUCGGUGGCGUAACCCUAUAGCUAACCCGUCAGCACUUGCUGGAAUUCUUUUUCUUUAUCCAUUGAUAUCGAGACUGUGAGACAAAGAUGGGUGAUGAUGACAAGGACUCAGAGCACGAUGACAUGUCUGAUUCGUCUUGUAAUGCAACUGAGGAUGAAGAUGAAAUACGUAUACAAUUGGGUCCCAAGAUGAGCAUCAGAGAGCAUUUUGAGAAGGACAAGGAUGAUGAGAGCUUGAGGAGAUGGAAAGAGCAGUUGCUUGGAGGUCUUGAUGCCGCCCAUGUUCAAGAGCAUGAGGAAGCAGAUGUGAAGAUACUGAGCCUUACUAUCGUUUCUGAUGGAAGACCUGAUAUUGUUCUUGAGAUCCCAGAGUCUGGGAACCCCAAGGAGCGCCCUUGGUUUAUCCUAAAAGAAGGCUGCAAAUACCAUUUGAGAUUCAGCAUCAAGAUCAACAACGACAUAGUUUGUGGGCUCAGAUACACCAACACAGUCUGGAAAACUGGUAUCAAGGUUGAACACUGGAAAGAAAUGCUUGGAACCUUUAGCCCUCAACCAGAGCCUUACGAACAUGAGAUGCCCGAAGAGACAACUCCCUCUGGUAUGUUUGCUAGAGGAUCAUAUUCCGCAAAAACCAAGUUUGUGGAUGACGACAACAACUGCCACUUGGAGCUCAACUACGCUUUUGAAAUCCAUAAAGAGUGGGCCAACUAGACAUGACAACAAGGCUGGCCAGGGUGGCUGGAUUUUGAUAAAUUCAAAACUUUUUUAGGCUAAUGGAUACUGCAUGCCCAUCUGCUAUAUAUAUGCUGAGUGUUAGCCGUUGGUUUCUCUAGGGUUUUAGAUUGUUGCAAGCCAUUUUCCGAAAGCUGGUUUUGGAGGGGCUAUUUGAACUCUCAAAAUGCAUGUAGUUAAUCAACAUUUAUUCAUUUAAGUUGGAUGAUAUCAAUAUAUAUGUGUUUUGUACCUAGUAAUACGU